AUGAUUGUGGAUUUACAGAUCUCUAGACAAAUCAAAUUUCCUCUAAAGAUGCCAACAAGAAAUUUAAUCAAAGCGCCAAUCAAUACUGAUAAAGAAUUACUUGUAGAUAGACGACUUUGGGGAAACUUUUUGACUGUUUUACUGUUAUUCAUUUUGUGUUUUUCAAGAACAGUAUUUCCCGGAGGAAGCUUAAAACAGGAAUGUGAGUUUUAUGGUGGAUAUUUCAAUUUGGGAAACUUGCCGUCUGGAGCAUGGCAGGCGGCGUGUGUUUUAUAUGGAGCAGGAUGUGUCUUACUUUCAUGCGGAGCAUUCUUAGCUGUAUGUACUUUCUGUAUACCAUGUGAUGUUGUUAGUAGUGUUACAGUUAUGGCAGGAUAUGUACAGUUUGUAGCAGUCUUGGUAAUGAUUGCAGGAUUAUUUAUUUACCCACUAGGUUUUGGAUCAUCGUUUAUAAGACAAUACUGUGGAUCUAAGUCCGUCAUGUAUCAGGCUUAUGGUUGCUCUAUAGGCUGGAGUUUUAUACUGGCUGUGACAGGGACGUGCCUAGCCAUGUUUUGUCCAGUUCUGUCACGGUUUACAGACAUGAAAGGGCGCGACAUAAUGCCCUGA